AUGCCGAUGAAUACUAACAAAUCUUCUGCGACAACUUUAUCAAAUGCUGCAACAAAUUCAUUCUACGCGUCUCCUCCAAACCAACCAAACAUGAACUUCUCUCGUAACCAAAUUUUAAAAGAAGCUUUGGAAGAAAAAAUGAGAAUUGUAUGGAAAAAUGCAGAUCUAAAUCCUAUCAGGGAGCUGAUAAUUUCAUUACACAAAAAAAAUUUAGGUCAAGCUGAUAUUUGGAGACGCCUAAAUGAUAUAAAAGUCAGCAAAUCAUUGAUUAGUCAAACAAUUUCUCGUUACAAAACUACUGGGCAAACAAUUCCAGCUAAAACUAGAAAAAGGAAGCGCGUCAAGCACACUCCAGCAAUCAUCAAAGUGGUAAGAGAACGUUUACGAAAAAAUCAUGCUCGCUCAGGUCGGCAGCUAGCUAAAGAGCUGAACAUAUCAUAUACCUCUAUGCAAAAGGUUAUAAAACAAGAUUUAAGACUUAAGUGCUACCGUAAACAAAAAAUUGCCGGCCUCACUGACAAAAACAAGGUGGAAAGAGUCAAGCGUUGCAAAUCGCUAUUGAAGCGGCACGGUGGUGCAGAUAUUGUUUUUUCGGACGAGAAAAUGUUUACUUUGGAGCGCCCGUUGAACAGAAAAAAUGACAGAGUUUAUGCUGUAAAGCUCUCUGAUGUUCCUUUAAACGUUAGAACUGUCCCUCGUUAUCAGAAUGCUUCGGCGGUCAUGGUAUUCGGGGCCAUCUGGAAAAAGGGAAAAUUUCCUCUGAAAUUUAUCGAUAGAGGGGUGAAAAUCAACAAAGAAUACUACUUACAGAAUGUGAUCAAAGAUUUGAUUGAACCUAAGGCUAAAGAAAUGUAUGGUGAUGAUCCAUGGGUGUUCUAG